CACUUCCUUGACCAUGUCAGGUCUCCUGCUGCCAUUUUAAUGGAUGGGCUGAACUACACCCGAGUGACCCAUUUCACGUUCUUGGGUCUGACAAGUAACCAUAGUCUAGAGCUGACUUUAUUUGUGGUCUUCGGUUUCAUGUACCUGCUUAUCCUUGUGGGCAACGUGCUCAUUAUGGUCACCGUCGCUUCUGACCGCUGCCUGCACACUCCCAUGUACUUCUUCUUGGGCAACCUCUCUUUCAUUGACAUCUGCCACUCCUCGGUCACGGCCCCCAAGAUGAUCUCGGAUUUCUUGUCCCUGCGGAAGACCAUCUCCUUCAACGGCUGCAUGGCACAGCUCUUCUUCCUCCACCUCUGUGCCUGCGCUGAGAUCUUUCUCCUCACCAUCAUGGCCUAUGACCGCUACAUCGCUAUCUGCCACCCACUCCAGUACAUGUCCCUCAUGAGCCUGAAGGUUUGUACCUGGCUGGUGGGUGCCCUGUGGGUGGGAGCGACGGUCCACUCGGUGGUACAGACUGUCCUCACCGUCCAACUCCCUUACUGCGGGCCUAACAUUUUAGACACCUUUUUCUGUGAUGUACCCCCUGUCAUCAAGUUGGCCUGCACCGAUACGUACUUCACAGGGGUUCUUAUUGUGUCCAAUAGUGGCAUGAUUUCCCUGGUCUGUUUCUUGGCCUUACUGGUUUCCUAUAUAAUUAUCCUGGUGUCACUAAGAGGGCGGACUGCUGAGGGUCGGCGCAAGGCCCUCUCCACCUGUGCAGCCCACCUGCUUGUCGUGGCGUUGUUCCUGGGGCCUUGUAUUUUCAUCUAUACCCGCCCUGCCACCAGCUUCUCAGCAGAUAAAGUGGUAGCUGUUUUCUACACCGUGGUAACGCCUAUGCUCAACCCUGUGAUUUACACCCUGAGGAAUGCAGAGGUGAAGAACUCCAUGAAGAAGCUGAGAGACCGGAAGAUCUUUUUCAUGGGGACAUAA